UACCGGCCAUGUCGGUGGAUUAUAAUAAAACACUCAAUAAAUCCUUUUAAAAAAACUAGGGUAGAAAUAAGAAUAAAUUGCAAUAAAUUCUUAACCUGUGUGUCUACAAGAGCCAAAAAGUAGAACACGAAAGCUGUCUCAUAUGUAAAAAGAGAAGUUUGCCACUUAAAUAGAAAGUCAAAGAAUUUCGAAUUUGGAUCAUGUUAAGUCUUGAAAGGGUUUCCUUGGUCGACGUCUCUCACACAAAACGUGAGACCGAAAGGCCAGCCAACGAAAAGCCAAUAACAAGAUAUGUUUGGUGGGUAGAUUACAUUAAUGCUAGCGACGACAGCAAUGAAGGACUUAAAUGGCACACCACCGAAUUUCCCAUGGAAAGUAACAAUCAAUUUGAAUGGAAGCUUUCAAUGUACUCCCCAGGUCUGUCACUCUAUAUUGAGAACGUACGAACUAAUGAAGAAGUUGCUAUUAAUAUAGAAGCUAGUUUUUCAAUUACAAAUGCCUUGAACGAAAUACUGUACACCAAAAGUAUUGUAGUAUCGGGUAAAAUUUCAGAAUCGCAGAGCUAUGGCUUUACUGAGUUUAUCAAAACGGAAGAAGUCUUAGAUUUUCUAAUCGACGACAGGUUCAAAAUCUUGUGCGAAUUAAGAGAUCUGGAGAAAGAAAUAUUUGUAAGCGAUUCAAUCUACGCAAAUUUUAUGAAAAAUGAUCAUUUCAAUGAUAUUGAAAUAAUAAUUAACGAUUAUGCAUUUAGAGCGAACAAGCUGGUUUUGGCUGCAAACAGUCCUGUAUUUGAAAGAAUUUUCUCGCAUAAUAUGAAAGAGUCUUUAUCUAAGCAGAUAGAAAUAAAAGAAAUGGAUCGAGAAGUUUUCGAAGAAGUGAUUCGUUUCAUGUACUUGAAGAAAGUUAAUUUAAGAAACUUAUCAGUCCGACUAUUAAUUGCUGCAAAUAGAUACGAAAUGGAGGCGUUGAAAUCGAUUUGCGAGAAAGAAUUAAUAACUGCUAUGACUUCGGCGAAUGUCAUAAGUUUCUUGACGUUAGCAGAUCAACACAAUUCGAAUAACUUGAAAAGAAAUUGCUUUUCUCAUAUUAUGAUAAAUUUCAAAGUUCUUGUAGAGACUACGGAUUAUGAGGAGUUAAGUGUAAAUUGUCCCCGUAUUAUCCUAGAGCUGAACCGCGAAAUAGCAAAAAAAUGCACUAUUUCGUUUCCAAAAGAUUGAGAUAAGUAUCCUGUGUUAACAUUUGAAUCAUAAUUUAAUUCCAUCAGGAAUGGAUAUUUUGAAAUAGAUUCGUUCAGUAAUGGUCAGAUUAUUAGUAUGUUGUAAAGUAAGUGCAACUAUAAAUCUACAAAACCUAACCAAUUCAACAAUAAAGUAUUUUUGCUCAGAAUUGUGGGAUAAACUUAUUCUAAUCUCCAACUCCUUCAUCAGAUCUUCAUUCGCUUCCGAAAAAUUCUUAAACUCAUCUAAUUUUACAAUUCCUCGUAAUUUGUAACCAUGGAAUUAAAGCUGGAUUCUUUCAAAAGAUUAACUUUGCCCUUAUCAGACAACUAAAGAAUAUCUAAGGAAUUCUGCUCCGUGAGACUAUUAAAAAUAAAUUUUGGCAGGUCAAUUUUAGAUCCUGCAUUUGAUAUUUAUUGGCUGCAACGAGAAAUCCCUAUGCUAGAAAUUUCAAAUUAUUCAAACUCUUCACAAAACAUGCAUACGAAGCUUUAUUUUUCAUGUCAGGUUCCAAAUUUAGUUCAGUCAAAUCGGAAAUCUCACGAGUUUAUUCACUUGGGAUUAUAAUGGAAAAGGUAAUUUUCCGGCCUUUUGAAAUUCUCAGUCCGCCACGAUAUACAGGGUGGACUAUUUUAAUUUAU